CAGCACUCGACCGCGGACGCCAUCCAGCAAUCAAUCACUCAGUCACUCGUCCUUGCUCAGUCCGUCCUCACAGUCGCUGCUUGACACUUUCAUUGCGCUCGACCUUCUUUUUUCUACAAAGUCGAAGCGAUCGUCCAGCUGACAGCGACAGCGCAGCUCGUUCUUUCACUUGUGUUAAUAGGGGGACUGACCUUUUCAGCCUCGAAAUUUCCCCCAAACUCCCUCAACUGCGGAGCGGAACCGGUGAUCAUCGCCCUGUCCAUCCUUUGCGACCGCCGCUUCCAGUCGCAAGAAAGGGCUCGCAGACGCCUCACUCGAACUCAGCAUAGUGACCAAUCGAAGUGUCUUGCCUCGAUACUCAUAACGACGCUCUGCAGAGUCCUCAAUUGCCACGAAGCUUGAGUCGAUUUCUGCCAGACUAAUUUCCGCACUCAGUUUCGUAUCAACCCGGGCAUCCCCAUGGAUCACUGAUUGCUUUAUUGCGACUGCAAUUGCCCUGCCAGCAGCAACUCUUUUCCUCACUGCCUGCUCCCUUCCUUGCAUCGAUAUCUCUCCAACAUGGCGCAACUACGGAGCAUGGGGUCAGGAACGGACGUCCUUUCCAUGUCUGCAAAAUCUACGAGAGCCACUCUCCCACACGCCGCAGCACCCCCUUCAUACGUCUCAGUUUCCGAAGCCGAGAAGCUGGUCUACGCAGAGAUUGAUCGUCUAGUCAAGAUUUCAAACAACGCCGUCCAUUUGCUCAAUGGGUUUCUGGAUCAGAUACUCUAUGACAUUCUGUCCAAAUCGCAGUCGACUGCAUUGGGUGCAGUCAGAGCUGCAAUCCCGCUGGUCUUAAAACAGAGACUGGGACGUGCAGCAAUAAAAGCUGCUGACGAGGAAUUACAAGACUAUUUGGAAGAAGACGAACUGGAGAAUAUCCAAAACCACCCAGCUGUCCUUGACCCCCGGGCUGAGUUCGACGUUGACCUUGCUUGGAAACUCACCAGGCUGCGCUGUAUGGUUUAUGCCAAACUUGGAGACAUGGAAGAGGAAGACGAGGAGGAUUACCUGGAUGGCGACGACGUGAGGGAACAUUUGAGUCAAGUGAAAGAGGCUUACAGAUCCUCUGCAAGAAUCUCCCCACACUCUGCGAUCUUCCUAUCUACUAUCCUUGAAUUCAUCGCCGAGCAAGCCCUAUGCAUUGCGGCGCAGCAUGCAAGGAAACGAACUUUGUACAUCAAAGAUGCGGCUCGAGAAACGGCUCCCGCCCAGCAGCACCCAGACCCAGAUGUGAUCUUCUUGGAAGAGAUAGACAUGUCGGGUAUCGGCAAAGAAGGGCCUCUAAUCCGACUUUGGCGGUCAUGGAAGGGCAGCAUCCGGACUGGCGGCAGCAUGUCCUCACGUCCCACAACGCCCAACAUUAUGUCGCCCCUAAGCCCAGAGUCUCCCAUGCAGGAAUGGAAGUUCCCUGCGGCUCCAGUGAUCCCGCCGAUCCAAGAAGAAGGAAGUAGAUCUGUUACGCCAGCAAACAUCCCUCUACCAAUGACCGAAAAUGAUGUCGAUGAAAUAGAGGUACCGGGGCUGGCUCGUACUUUCGAAGAAGUAGAGACCAAUGAACAGCGCCCUACUCCGGGAGACCGGCGGCCCACGAGCAUGUUAGUUAUGCCCGGCCAGUUCCCAGCUUCGUCAGCUGCCGAUGAACAUCCAGAGAGGCCAUCUCCAAGUAGAAGGAGAUCGAGAUCGGUCCCAACUUCUUCCAAAGCUUCUUCCAGCGCACAGUUGGCGACUAGAUCAGGACUCUCCCCACCCCUGCCUGUUCAUGGAGACAAGGAUGAAAUGGGCGACACAGAGGGGAUAAGGGACGAGGAAGUUCAACACCCUCGGGAUGGAAGCAGAUCUGUUCUGCGUUCAAGUGCAAUCGGCGCCACUGUUGCUACCAUCGCUGGUGCACUCAACGUUGAAGCAGCCAAAGCUUUCCGGAGAGAACGGCCGAGCCACGAGUUGACUCCGCCAGUCUCUCCUGAAUCUGGUGGAGAACAACGAAUGUCAAAUAACACAGGAGAUGAUCUCGAACGGAUGCAUAUACCAACGCGAUUGUCAGCCACUGGCAUGGAUGUUGUGGAUCCAGAAUCUCACGAAGGUACAGGCGAUCCCGAAGACCUGGCUCUGAGCUCCAGCGAUGGAGAAGGGGCCGCGGCCGCAAACGACCAUACGAACCCUAGAGAUUCUGGAUUCAGCGUUGCUGGCCCUGCGAAUGAUAUUCAUGAGCACGAGCAAGAGGUAGCCGCAGACGAAACAGAGCCACAGAUCACAAAUCACCAUGAUUAUGAACAAGUUCAGGGGGAAAGCGGAGCCGCUGGUCGCAGUUCGAGGUAUUCGAAUUUGGGAUACGCGACGAUCUUCCAAACACCGGAUACGAGUUCAGGCUAUAGCAACCCAAAUUCUACCCGUUCAUUUGUGCAAGGAAUGGCGCGCUCAAAUGACGCUGGUGCGAACUCAGCUACAACCACACCAAGCACAACAUCUGCGUGGCCGGCGGUAAUUCCGAAUAGGAGAUCGUCAUUAGACCCACAGAAACCCGAAUACUUGCAAAGCGAAAUGCGAGCUCCCCAGCAACUGCCACCAUCGUACCACUCGUCGGAAAACCAAGAGCCAGCCGAGAAACCGCAAGAGUUAAUCCCGCGGUUUGCGACCUCAGCCUUGGCUACGCAGAAUGGCCGUUCAAGAAGUGGAAGCGCAAAGGACGGAAGGCCAUCAACAUCAGGUUCUGGGACAGUUCGACGGCAACACAUUCGGCUUCGUUCAGACAACGAGGAAGUGUGGCCGCGGGAGGACUUGGACCGAGCGAAAAAGAGUCUUGAUCUUUUGAUUGACAGCGACGAAACGCUCCAUUAUACUCUGACACCUGCGUCUGCCAAUGUGGGAGGAAAGGUAAAGGUGAAAAGCCAGACUCAGGAACUGGCAGAUUUCUUCAGGACGACUGCGCCUCCGGGAGAAGAAGUCCGCCCAAAGUCGUCUCGCUCUGCGAAAGACGGUCUCCGAGCAAACCCUCCUGCGACUUCUAUCAAAUCAACCCAACCGCAAACAUCUGGUCAGCAAUCUGCCGCCUCGCCUUCUAAGCCUAAGAAUCGUCUUGGUGAACCGCGUGAGGCUCGGAUGGUGCGAAACAACACCCGGGAUCUCGCUGAUUAUGCACGGUCUACCGGGCCAGAACAUGAGGCACAGCUCCCCAAGUUGCUUAGUGCGCGUCCUGCUACUGCUCAAAGCGCCAGGGCGGAAUUGUCUCUUAGGGAAAAGGUCUUUGGGGUGGAUGGUGAAAACCGUCCUAGCACAACAUCUGGCAAGCCCUCGAGUCGAUUGAAGUACCAGGCUAGAGAUGCCCGAGGGCCUCGAACGGCCGAAAGUUCCGAUUUGAUUGAUUUCAUCAGAGAAGGCCCUCCAAGGGCCCCUGGCGAACAUCGGAUAGACCGGAGCGUGGCCCCGUUUCGAACGACGAUGGAUUCUGACGAUUUGAAUGCACUGGCGCCUCCGCCUGAGCUCGACGCCAAGGGACGCAACUCUGACGGCAGCGCUCAAGAAAGUGCAAUGACGGUCAAAUCAAUGCCCUCAUCAAUGAACUCCCGUACUGGCUUACUGGACUCGACAAACCGUGCUGCCGGGAAGUUCACGAAUGGAUUUGGAUCCUCUGCAACUGCAAUAUCGAAACAGCCCGUCAUUCCCGAGACAGAUGGCAUGCCCAGGAGAAACCGGCCGAAAAUCCGAGACCCAUACGCGAUCGAUUAUUCUGAUGAAGAGGAAGAAGAGAUGGAAGAGGAGCACGAGCCGCCGAGACGCAGAACCGACGAAGAAUCACUUGUUGAUUUUCUCCGGAACACCGCACCUCCUCCUGGCAUGACGACUCAACCCAUUCUUGCUGCAAUGCCCAACCCUACUCAGCCGGAUCCAGCAAGCAUGGUGAGGCAAUCGACGAGCAGCACCAAGCUAAAAGACUUCCUACCUGGUGGUUCAGCGUCAUCGGCCAGAAAUAAUCCACACGCAAGCGGGAACACUGCAACGCCUAACACAAGACCAGUCAAUAUCGCACGCGCAGAAUCUCCUCACUUAACACAGGUGGGCUCAAGAAUGGACAAAUACAGACCGACGACAACAACACAUGCUCCGCAUGUAGAGCGAAACAGACAAAAGAUGCGCGUCCAACCGAGAGAUGCUACCACGAACUCAAAUGGUGGCGGUACUGCGGAUUUAGCUGCGUACUUGAUGAGUUCAGGACCACCACCGGGCGUAAAUGAAAAGCCGCCACAAAAGUUGGGAGGUAAUGUGCAGAAGGAUCAGGCGGGGUUUCUGAAGUUUUUCCAGAGACGGGGAAGUGUGAGAAAGUGAUCAGGAAAGUGGACGAUGAUGUGAUGAAGGUCCAGAGGGAUCUGUAUUGAGCACUGGGUGCCCGGGAUGUGACAAAAGAUAAUGCCCAUUCAAUGCUGUGCUAGGAAGCAAUGUAGGAGGGGGAAAGGCCACCGAACUGUCACAUUGGUAAAGGGGUGUUUUUCUCUGCUGGAGCUGGAUAGUCAGAUACCCGAGCAAAUCUGUUCUGCCAUGUAGAUUAGCGUCAGGGGCGCUCUGAGAGAUUGUCAAUAUACACAAAAUGUUCCAUCCUGUAAUAAGA